AUGACCACUGACAACGCGUCUGCAGGAUUCGAGUUGAAUGCGGCGAGGUGCGCAUCAGAAAGUAGCGCCGCCCAAAAAGGCGAACAUUGGGGUGUUGCUGGUACAUUGCGCCCACCCACACUCCAAAACGGCCUCUCUCAAUCCGUGCGGGCGCCCGUCCCCAGCAGCCAAACGCCCUAUGCGGCAGGCACCUCCACACCUGUGGGCCUCCGCGUCAGUAGACGCAAGCAGUUCAUGUGGCCACGUCAUCACCGUGCAAAACUCCGGGGCCGCCCCGUAUCCUCCAACACUUCCCCCUAUCAUCCGCGUCAUUGGCGAAUCCCUCGGGCAGAAGAAGUGACACCUGCAUCCAGCAGGCCCACAACCAUCAUCUACGCCGUCGCCGCUGUGAUGUAA